CGAUAUGACACCGAAUGCGUGGUAAUGUGGCAUUGGGGCGAAAAGGAGGGGACAGAGAGAGAACCGUCUGAGCAAAGAAGGAACGUAUCUACGGAGUACUGCUGGGUUUCAGCUUUCAGUAUCCAAUGUGUCUAUGUCAGCCGCUUUGCCUCAACUUGCUUAUAAUAAUAGCCAAUCGCCAUUUACUCCGACACACCCUUUAAAUGUACAUUUUUCUGUCGAAUCACGAAUGGACCAAGUACAUAAGCUUAACGAGCCUAAUAUAAAGUGAUCGUGGCAUUAUUGUUGGAUCGAUCGGUAUAGCUUCCAUUUGAUUUUCAUACUCCUGGUUGCGUGGAAAUCGUCGCUUGACGACGACGGUGAACGGUGUCAUGACGGAACAACAAAUGGACUGCGCUUUAGACUUAAUGCGCAGAUUACCACCUCAGCAGAUCGAGAAGAACCUCAGUGAUCUUAUCGACUUGGUCCCAUUACUGUGCGAAGACCUACUUUCAUCGGUUGAUCAACCUUUAAAAAUAGCAAAAGAUAAGGAAUCGGGACAAGAUUAUCUUCUCUGCGAUUAUAAUCGAGAUGGCGACUCUUACAGGUCACCGUGGAGCAAUACUUACGACCCUCCUCUGGAGGAUGGUUCGAUGCCUUCGGAAAGGUUAAGAAAAUUGGAAAUCGAUGCCAAUCAAGCGUUCGAUCAAUAUCGAGAAUUAUAUUUUGAAGGUGGCGUGUCGUCCGUUUACUUGUGGGACUUGGAUCAAGGAUUCGCUGGUGUUAUAUUAAUUAAAAAGGCCGGAGAUGGAUCGAAAAAAAUUAAAGGAUGCUGGGACUCUAUACACGUUGUUGAAGUACAAUAUAAAUCGCAUAGCAGAUUUGCCCAUUAUAAACUUACUUCCACCGCAAUGCUUUGGUUACAAACUAAUAAGUCCGGUUCGGGCACAAUGAAUCUUGGUGGGAGUCUUACAAGACAGGUCGAAACGGAUGCUCUUGUAAGCGAAACAUCUCCUCAUAUUGCAAAUAUUGGCCGUAUGGUGGAGGAUAUGGAGAACAAAAUUCGUAAUACAUUAAAUGAAAUUUACUUUGGUAAAACUAAGGACAUUGUCAAUGGUUUGAGAUCCGUUCAACCAUUAGCCGAUCAAAGGCAACAAGCAGCCUUACGACAAGACUUAGCGGCGGCAUUACAAAGGCGAAAUGCAAACAAUUGAUCUCAAGAAGAGCAAGAGAAUUUUGAUUACGAUUGUGAUUAGAAAAACAGAAAGAAAAGAUACAAAUUAAGUACGACCUGCAUCUUACACAUUAAACUGCUGACAUUGUUAUUACGUCUAGAGAUAAAGAAAACAAGGUGUCUAUUAUUGAGCUACUGAAGGUACUCGAAACAUCGGUCAUUUCUUGAAAAACAGAAGUUCAAGUACUGGCCCCGACAUCACGGUCGAAAAGUAGUUAGCCGAUGUAUGUCUAUUAAUAAAACGCAUUUUGUUACAAAAUUCUA